AUGGCUUGGACCAUGGAACCUCUGGCAAGGAAGAUCUUUAAAGGAGUUUUAGCAGCUGAGCUUGUGGGUGUUGCUGGAGCUCACUUUUUGUUUAAAAAGAUGAACUCCAGCCAAGAUUUCAGACAAACAAUGAGCAAGAAAUUUCCCUUCAUUUUGGAAGUUUAUUACAAAUCCAUUGAACAGUCUGGAAUGUAUGGAGUUCGAGAGAAAGAUCAGGAAAAAUGGUUGACUAGCAAAAACUAAGGAUUUGGUCCCUGAUCAAUGUUUAUCUUU